AAAAUGGCUUCACCACCACCUUCUCCAUCUUCUCUAGGACUACUGGCCAUGAAACGCCAUGAGCCAGAGCUGAUCUCCCCAGCAGGAGCGACGCCACACGAGCUCAAACCCCUCUCGGACCUGGAUGGCCAGGAGUGGCUUCGUUUUGUGCUUCCCUUACUUCUCUUCUACCCUAACAGCCCCUCAAUGGAAGACCAAGAAGACCUGGCGAGAGUCGUCAAGGGAGCGCUCGCGAAGGCGCUCGUGUACUAUUAUCCAUUGGCCGGGCGGAUCCGGGAAGGGCCAGACCAUAAGCUCGUGGUGGACUGUACGGGCGAAGGGAUUCUGUUUGUGGAGGCUGAUGCCGAUGUCAGCCUUGAGGAGCUCGGCGACUCCAUGCGGCCGCCAUGUGGCUUCUUAGACGAGGUGUUGUGCGAUGUGGCCGGGUCGGGCGACAUCAUUGGGUGCCCUCUGUUGUCCGUCCAAGUGACUCGCUUGAGAUGCGGGGGCUUCAUCCUCGGAAUCCGACUCAAUCACACAGUCAGCGAUAUCUUCGGACUUAAACAGUUCCUAGAGGCAGCUGCGGAACUAGCCCGAGGCGCACAUGUGCCGUCGCGGCUACCUGUUUGGCAGAGAGAGAUCCUCAACGCGCGAGACCCGCCGCGAGUGACAUGCACACACCAUGAGUUCGAGGACAUUGUCAUCGACACCGGAAGUGCGGCCACAAUGUCGGACCCCAAGAACAUGGCCCACAGAUCGUUCUUUUUCGGCCCGCGGGAAGUGGCAUCGAUCAAGAAACGCCUCCCUCACCAUCUAGUCUCAAGAUCCUCCACCUACGAGUUACUCACGGCAUGCCUUUGGAAGUGCCGCACGAUUGCACUUGAGAUCAAGCCGGACGAAGUAGUCCGCCUCUCAUGCGUGAUCAAUGCGCGAGGCCUCGGCAUGCCUCGUGGUUAUUAUGGGAGCACUUCAGUGAUCGCAAUGGUACUCUCAAAGGCGGGCCAUCUGUGUACUAGUCCACUAGGGUAUGCCGUCGAGCUAGUGAAGAAAGCGAAGGAGAUGGUGAGCGAAGAAUACGUAAGGUCCUCUAUCGAUGCGUCAGUAAUCAAGGGAAGGCCGAAGCACAUGACUGUUCGGAACUAUGCGGUUAGCAACACGACCAAGGUCGGGUUCGAAGAGGCUGAUUUCGGGUGGGGGACGCUGGUGCACGGCAGUGUCGCCAGCGCUUUUCCAUGGAUAAGCAGUUACGUGAAGUAAAAAACAAGAAAGGGAGAGGAGGGGAUUGUGGUGCCGAUGAUGUUGCCGGAGAGAGCUAUGCAAAGGUUUCAAGAAGCGUUGGCGAAAAUGAUUGACGAAGGGACGGCGGCUGACGAUCAUUGUGGUGGGGAUUCGACUACGAUUAGAUCAAAACUCUAGGAGGAUUAUUAAACAAUACAUUUUCUGAGGUCUCCCAAUCGCAUGUAACGAUGCUCUUUUUAUUUAAUAAAAUGUAUCCCUAUGGAAUCUA